UGCACAUAGACUGUAUAAGCCUGCACCGUCACGCCCACCCUCACGCAGUCAAACCUGGGGGGAAUUAGGAAACUUUUGCUGCGCGAGCACUCAGAGCACACUUUCUUUAAGGCCUUUAAACGACUAAUUAAUUAUUUUCCCCUCUCCCUCGACCAUUUUACAGUGACCAUGCGCGCGCACAGGUCAGUAAGUGUCUUAAAAGUGGCUCUCCUGGUCUGGCUGGCAUGCAGUCAACAAUGCUCCUCAACGUACACGGAUUUUCUCCCACCAGAAUUCUCGCAGCACAAUGGAACUCUGUAUGCCGCCUGCAAAGUGAGACCCAGCGCUCCGCUUGCAGACGACCUGCCUAACGUGUCCGGCCAAGUUUUGUUUAAGCAAGAUCAGGCGGAGGGAAAGCUCCAAGUCCUCCUGCAGCUCUCUGGCUUUCCCACAAAUGAGCCUUCACAGCCCAGAGCCGUGCACAUCCACCAGUAUGGAGAUCUGAGCCAGGGAUGCACUUCCACUGGUGGACACUACAACCCAUACGGGGUGCAUCACCCCAAUCAUCCGGGAGACUUUGGUAACUUUGUGGCCAACGCGGGGAGAAUCAGUGAUCGGAUAGAAUCUGAAGCAACGCUGUUCGGUGGGCUGUCUGUGCUCGGAAGAGCUGUAGUGGUUCACGAAACGGUCGACGACUUAGGCCAAGGUGGAGAUGCAGGGAGUCUGAUGCAUGGGAAUGCAGGAAGAAGGCUGGCCUGCUGUGUUAUUGGAAUGUGUUCUUCCAACUUAUGGGAUGAAGAGCUGAACACGAGGAGAAAGUAGUCUUGACAUUAGUGGUAUUGAUCUGCUGACCUUUGGGUUAAUUCGCUGAUGUAAUCAACCCAAGAAAGCUGUACUCUGACCUGUGUCUAGAGAGGAUCAAUAUGUGAGAUAAAGGUCAUAGGGGUGUCUCAUUGGAUUAGCUAUAAUUUGUGUUUUCAUGUUUUCUAUAAAGUUGGACUAUUAACUUCCAAUGAAGGAUAAAUAUCAAUAUAGACUUUUGUUUUGUUCUAUUUGUAUUAGUUGCUUGUGUUAAUAAAGAAACAAAGUCUAAA